CACGGAACCACCCAUCCUCAGUUAAGGCGUCUUGUUGAGAUAUGGAGCCCUGAGAUAGGGCAUAGCUGAAGCCUUGAAAUGUCUCCAUUGCCGCCGUGGCCUCAACAUCUUCCAUCCAACCUCACGCAAAUAUCCCCCACGAGGUCAUUGGCCUCUUGAGUCUUUACAAUUCACCCUCUCUGCCACUUCAGGUCAUUUCGUCGCUCUCGUCACUCGCUAAGCAUUGAGGCCACAGCCGUAUGACAUGUCCCCGCACGCUGAUACUCUCUACCACAAACGAGUGUGGUGGAAAGAGGCAACCUUCUAUCAGAUCUAUCCUGCAAGCUUCAAAGACAGCAAUGACGAUGGAUUGGGUGAUAUUCCUGGUAUAUUGGAAAAGAUCGAGUACAUCGCGUCACUAGGUGUAGAUGUCGUCUGGCUGUCACCGAUGUUCGACUCACCUCAAGUGGACAUGGGCUACGAUGUCUCGAACUACGAGAAUGUUUACGCGCCAUAUGGCACAGUGCAAGACGUCGAGGACUUGAUUGCUGCUUGCCACAGGUACGAUAUGAAGCUAAUCUUGGAUCUUGUCGUCAACCACACAAGCGACCAGCACGCAUGGUUCAAGGAGAGUAGAAGCUCGAAAAACAACCCCAAAAGGAAUUGGUACUUCUGGGAACCUGCGCGCUAUGAUACAGAGGGAAAACGCACACCCCCCACGAACUACCGAUCGUACUUUGCAGGCGGAACCUGGUCAUGGGACGAACACACCGAAGAGUACUACCUGCACCUGUACGACAAAUCUCAGCCAGAUCUCAACUGGGAGAGCGAAGAUUGCCGAAAGGCCAUCUACGAUUCAGCAAUGCGAUUUUGGCUAGACAAAGGCAUCGACGGGUUCCGCGUUGACACUGUCAACAAGUACUCCAAAGUCCUCCCCUUCGCCGACGUGCCCGUUACAGAUCCCACGUCGUUCACUCAAUCCGCACCAGAAAUGUGGUGCAACGGUCCACGGAUCCACGAAUUUAUCAGAGAGAUGAACACAGAAGUUUUAUCGCAUUUUCGCACCUACGACGGACUUCCUCUCGUCACGGUGGGCGAACUGUCACUGUGUCCAAGUCCCUCUGACGUAAUCCCCUACGUCUCAGCCCGCGAAAAAGAACUGGACAUGGUCUUCCAAUUCGACGUCACACACCUGGGCCAAGGCCCACCGGGUGGGACGAGCAAGUACGAUUUCGCCCCCUGGACACUGCCGGAGAUGAAGCGCAUUGUAGAGAAGUGGCAGACUUUUGUCGACGGUACAGAUGCAUGGACGACCGUAUUCAAUGAGAACCAUGACAAUGGGCGGGCUGUGUCGCGCUUUGCCAACGAUGCGCCCGAGUGGCGCGAAAAGAGCGCCAAAAUGCUCGCGAUGUGGCUUAUUGCGCAGAGUGGCACACUAUUUUUGUAUCAGGGGCAAGAGAUUGGGAUGAUCAAUGCAUCGGAGCACUGGGAUGUUGAAGCUGAAUACAAGGAUGUCGAAAGUCAAAAUUAUUGGGCCGAAGCGGUGAGGCUAGACGAGAAUGGGACCGACCCGGGAAGGAAGGACAGGAUUAAGAGGGGAUUGCAACUUAUGGCAAGAGAUCAUGCGAGACUCCCAUUUCAGUGGGACGCAACAGUGAGUGGCGGAUUUUCGACUGGUAAGCCGUGGAUGAGAGUACAUGAUGAUUAUCCGACGAUCAAUGUGAAGUCUCAAGAGAGAGAUGCGCAGAGUGUGCUCAGCUUCUAUAAGCAGAUGCUCAGACUGAGAAAGGAAUAUAAGGAUGCGUUCGUUUACGGGACAUUUGAGCUCCUUGAUCCAGAGGGGCAAGAGACAUUUGUGUACCGGAAACGGUACGAAGGAAAGACAGCAGUCGUAAUGCUGAACUUCACAACAAAUGUCAGGACCUUACAACAGUCAGACAUAGAGGGCAUGAGAUUGCUUGUCAGCUCGUAUGGCAAGAUUGGCGGAGUGGAUUUGCAACCAUUAGAGGGCAGGAUAUACGUAAGCGGUUGAAACGGUCACUCAAAACGGUACACUCAACCUGAAUCUCAAAUGUCCACCAAUCUAUAUGUCAGUCUGCAACAACGAAAUCACCCAGACAGAUUAGAUCCCGUCGACAUAUAAGUCAGCACAUAGCAAGAAGGCGGUUCGCACUCGUGGGUCCAACAACACCAUCGCGUCGUUAGCGAAUUAGCAUUUUACGUGGUAGUAAUGGAAUAGGAUUAUAGUGCCGGCCACCAGAAUGUUAAGCAGAACCAAGGGUCGAUGCUGCCUGGCAUGAAGCC